GAAGAAGAAGCAGAACUUUCAGCUUGUAUUUUGUAGAGCCGAACAGGAAGUGUGUGUCAGUGCGCUAGCUGGAGGAUGUGGGAUCCAGCCCGAGGAGAGGGGAGUGUGGCAGGCUAGUUAUCCUCCUCAUAUGGCAGCAGCGACGGCGAAAUGUCGGUGUGUGGGGCUGCUGUUGUGGCUCUGUGUCCGGCUGUCCGAGACCAGAAACUCCCGAGACUCAAUGAAAGAUGACAUUUUGCUGCCCUACGCUCACGGCCACGGCCCCUCCCACUCCCACCGCCAUGUCCGAGACUGUCAGUCCGUUGUCCACGGUAACACCACCCACGAGAGCCGGCCCUCCAGUAACCACAGCGGGCUGCCGGUGGCCGAAUCCAAAGUGUUUGUGUCCGAUGUGCCGGGAACUUCCAGAUGGGUUUACGGUCACAUGACGGUGGUCCACGACCCGCUGAGGACGGUGUCGGUGUUGGAGCCGGGCGGGCCGGGCGGCUGCGGGAUGAACCAGAAGGCGUCGGUGGAGGAAACCGCCGAGGCAGCCGGGUGUCUGUACGCCCAGAACGCCGGCUUCUUCCACACGAACACGGGCGAGUGUUUGGGCAACGUGGUUAGCGACGGCAGGAUGGUGCGGGACAGCGGCGGAGUGCAGAACGCCCAGUUUGGAAUCAGGAGGGACGGUACGCUGGUGUUCGGGUAUCUCUCACAGGAAGACGUCCUGGACCAGAACAACCCGUUCGUCCAGCUCGUCAGCGGAGUCGUGUGGCUGCUGAGGAACGGCGAGGUUUACAUCAACCAGAGCCUGGAGGCCGAAUGCGACAAGACGCAGGAGACGGGAGUACUCCGUUAUUUUGUGGACGUGGUGUCGGCCAGGACGGCGGUGGGUCACGACGCUGAAGGCAAACUGAUCCUGUUCCAGAUCGAUGGACAGACGGAGCGAAGAGGUAUGAAUCUUUGGGAGAUGGCGGAGUUUUUGAAGAAGUAUGGAAUCAUCAACGCCAUUAAUCUGGAUGGAGGCGGGUCUUCCACCUUCGCGACCGAUGGCUCAUUGGCCAGCUACCCGUCUGAUCACUGUCAACCAGACAGCAGGUGGCGCUGCGCCCGGCGUGUCUCCACCAUCCUGUGCGUCCACCCGCGGCGUUGUCAGCCAGCGAACUGCAGCGGACACGGCGACUGUGUGGACGGAAGCUGUCAGUGUCAGGAGGGCUGGCGAGGAGACGCCUGUGACUCUCUGGUGUGUCAGCCGCCAGCCUGCGGCGUCCACGGCUUCUGCACCGCCAACGGCUGCGUCUGUGAUGCUGGAUGGAGAGGACAGAACUGCAGCCGAGAGUGCCUCCCCGGUUUCUACGGCGACGGCUGCAACCAGACCUGCGCCUGCGUUAACGGCGGUUCUUGCGACCACGUCCACGGACUCUGCACCUGCCCUCCUGGUUUCCAUGGCAACACCUGUGAACAAGUGUGUCCUCUGGGUUUUUUCGGCGUGUCCUGUGCUGAGAAGUGUCGCUGUGACGACCAGUGUCCAUGUGACCCGCUGACAGGAAGCUGCAACGCCACACUGCCAGUAGAGACCAACUACGUUUUACACACAGCUGGAAACUGCCUGGCCAAAAAGAUGUUUACAUCUUGGAGAAAGGAGGAAGAAGCUCACAGAGAGAAGCCUUAUCUAACAGAACGAUCAUGGCUGAUCAUCACCUUCACGCUCGCCGCUCUGCUGUCGGUCAGCCUGCUGGCUCACGUCUUGCGGGCGUUUCGCGGCUCGGCGGCGCUGAGUCACUUCCCCGAGCGCCGUGACUACUCCUACGUCCCGCUCAACAACAUCAACGGAGUCUCUUCACGCGCCAGGAGCUCCUCCGGGAAAGAAGCGGGCGUCGGUUUGGAGGACUCCGACUCUCAGGAUGAAAUCUGGUCUCCGCAGAACUCAGGGACGUUGUAGCUGUCGUCGGGAGGAACGACGUCUGUGGACCAAGAAGUAACGAUGAGAAGCGACGAAGAGAAACAACCGACUGAUCGAUUUAAUCUGAAUCUUGUCAAAGUUCCAUCGACAAUCCUGCUCAAAUGAAAAGGAAGUUUAAAGGCGAAGCACAACAGUUUUCCAGGAGAAGAAGAAGUCUUUGAAUUUAAAGAUGAAAGAGAAGAUGUCAAAGCUUUAUUUUGUCUCCAUCGCAGCUCCAGGUAGGACGACGUUUUCCACUCGUAAACUGAUGAACUAACCGGCGUUCAAACAUCUGGUGGUUACCGAGGUUUUAAUCUUCUAACACAAAAAGGUUUUUUAAAAUGUUUUCUCUCAUGAUGCACUGAGCUCCGUGUUUGAAUGUAACACAACUGUGAGAUGAAAUAAUGUGCAGAUUAUAUCAAAUCAUAUCAGAUUUAAAAAAAAAAAAAAAAAACGAUAAAGAAGAAGCACAAUUCUUAGUCGUAAGUGGUAAAAUAUCCGGUCAGGUUUCUCUUCAGCUUUGUAUUAAAUCAAGAUUUCAUAAUGUUCACGACAUUCUUCAUAAUAACUCUUUUUGUAAAAGUCACCAAACUGUCAUAUCUGUCACGUCAAUCACAGGUUCUUUUCUGCCUGUUUUAUACAUAUAAAUAAAUAAAUAUUAAUAUCAGGAUUCAA